CAGAGAGUGCGGCAACAUGGCGGAGCAAGCGAUUUCAUUUGCUAAAGAUUUCUUAGCUGGCGGGGUGGCAGCCGCUAUCUCGAAGACUGCCGUGGCUCCGAUAGAGAGAGUGAAGUUGCUCCUGCAGGUCCAGUACGCCAGCAAGCAGAUAGCAGUAGACCAGCAGUACAAGGGCAUUAUUGAUUGUGUUGUCCGGAUUCCCAAAGAGCAAGGUUUUAUCUCCUUUUGGCGGGGAAACCUUGCUAAUGUCAUCAGAUAUUUCCCCACACAGGCCCUCAAUUUUGCGUUUAAAGAUAAAUACAAGGAGGUAUUUCUUGGAGGAAUUAAUAAGCACACCCAAUUUUGGAAGUAUUUUGCUGGUAAUUUGGCUGCUGGUGGGGCUGCAGGUGCCACUUCACUUUGCUUUGUCUAUCCCUUGGAUUUUGCCAGGACGCGCCUGGCAGCAGACGUAGGGAAGGCUACCACGGAAAGGGAGUUUACUGGCUUGGCAGACUGUCUAAUCAAAAUUACAAAGUCUGAUGGUGUGCGUGGCUUAUACCAAGGUUUUAAUGUCUCUGUGCAAGGAAUCAUCAUCUAUAGAGCAGCUUACUUUGGGGUAUAUGACACUGCUAAAGGGAUGCUUCCUGAUCCCAAAAACACACAUAUUGUAAUAAGUUGGAUGAUUGCACAGACAGUGACAGCUGUGGCUGGAGUUAUUUCUUAUCCAUUUGAUACUGUGAGAAGGCGUAUGAUGAUGCAGUCUGGCCGUAAGGGAGCGGAUAUCAUGUACAAAGGAACAAUAGACUGCUGGAAGAAGAUUGCUCGGGAUGAAGGAGGAAAAGCCUUUUUUAAGGGAGCCUGGUCUAAUGUCAUUAGAGGAAUGGGAGGGGCUUUUGUUUUAGUCUUGUAUGAUGAAUUUAAGAAAUUUAUAUAAAUCUGUCUUGCUCUGGGGGUCUGCAAAUUACCUGGUUUUGUAUUAAACCAUUUAGUUGAAUUUUUCUCCCCUUCCCGAGGAUCAUGUCGCCCCAACUGCGCUGUAAAAAGUAAUGCCUAAAUGUAAAAACUAUUUAUAUAAUGUAACGUGUUGCCAAUUGCUGCUUUGAGCCUUCUGUAAAUCAAUUAAAAACAAAUUU